AUGAGCGUUUCCCCUUUCGGUUCUAAUGAUAAUACAAUUUCGGUUAUCAAUGACCGGAAGGAGCUUGUCUUCUGCUUUAUUGCAGAAAGGGGGUCCCGCGAUGCUUAUGCCAAAGCAAUGGCUGCUGCAGGGCUUUUCCUCUCUGUUGCUGGUGUGGCGGCAUGGCCUGCCCCGAUCGAUGCUGGCCUGCAAAUUGGAAUCAAAGGAUUACAUCUCGCAGGUCGAUUCGCCUCAGACAGUUUCCACACCACCGAAGGCUCCGACACAACCAGCAGGGCGCUUUUCUUCAAUGAUGUUUUAAAGUGGAUACCUAACGAGAGAAAAGUUGGGAUUAUUCUCCUAUUUCAUGUCUCAGUCAGAGGGACUCAGCUCAAGAUCUCUCGACUCACAAAGGAGGCUUCACCUGGUAUCUACCAAGUAGGGACGAUUAUCGACGGCAAUUGCGAUGAUAAAAGGGACAUUUACACUGUUAAUCUUGUCGGGGCACUUAAAUUAACUCCCCGUCGCUACAUAUCCUUUCCAGAUAUGGUCCCUCACGGUAUUAUUACGAAGUCGACGGAUUGGACGAAAAUUCCUGAGCCAGGAUCUGGUAUUCUGUUUGAUACCUCCGGACUCUUACAGGAAUAUUAUCCUCAGAAGAAAGAAAAUCAUGAGAAAGACCUCUUUGCUAAAUGUACUUUUGAAUACAGGAAAGAUUACAUCAUGACACUUGUUCAAGGUGAAAGCGAUGUGAUAGGCGGUAACCUAUCAGUCGUGAAUCUUCCCGACGAGAAAAAUACAAUCGUACUCAAAAUGCAAGGCUGGAAAUGCAACUAUUUAGGGAAUAGGAUUGGAAAUGCUUUGGACAAUGAAUUUGAAAAGGUUUUGGAGCUUAUCCGUGAUAACAAGGGACAUUGGGGUUACCAAUGGAUCCGUGAUUCCCAAAAGAGGAAUUACGGCGAUGUUUAUGCCCUUAGUGUGCCCCAUGAUGGGGAUUCCUUAUCUCAUAGUCCCACCUCGCAGCUCUUUUUUGUCAUUGAUGACAAGGCAUGGACAUAUGCAUUGAAUGUUUCAAAAGCAGAAUAA